CAUUCCCUGUGCGUCUGGGCCUUGGGCGCAGGAAUCACUGCUGCUCAAUACUUGUUGUGUCAUGCAAGGGGAGUCGCUGCUCUCCAGCUCCUAACAUAGCCUAGCAUAACGACAGCUCCCUCUCAUGUGAACCCCUCUCUUUGGAAGAUAGCCAGGGAGGUGCACAUAACAGUAGCACAUAGACACGCACACAGCAAAGUUCGGUUGCGAUACACAUUCGCGCAAGUUGUCAUUGCAAGCAUGCAAGACCGGGGGGGGGGCGUAACGGGCGGGGGCGCGGACGUGGCGGCAUGGCGCCCGGCAUGCGUCCGGUGUCGGAGGAGAGCCGCAUCAGCAUUGCAGAUCAGGUGGAGAAGUUUCGGGAGAGCACCGAUACAGAGUACACAUUUGAGGCAGGUCUGAGCAACCACGAUCGGGCCAUUGUCCAUAACCUGAGCCAGAAGUAUGGACUGAAAUCCAAGAGCUACGGUACUGGUGCUGACCGGCGGGUUACUGUUUUCAAACCAAAAGCCGUCGCAGUCAGUCGCUCGGCCACGCAGCUCCCGUUCAGCAUCCAGUCUCAGGCGGCCAUGCUGGAGCUCUUCAUGAACUUUCCCCCAACACAGGAAGAGCUUGAUGCAGCAAUGGGCGAGGGCCCGCCAGGUGUCGCCUCCGGACGGGUCGAGGCCGAGGGACCAUACGCCCCCGAGCGCCGGGUCCAGAGCCGUCCGCCCCCCAUGACAUCAGCCGACGUCACGAGCCAGUUCUCCGCCCUUCAGAGACGCCUCAAAGGGGACGCGAGCUUGCGGCAGAUCAUGGCGCUCCGCGAGAAGCUCCCAAUCGCAGGGUUCAAGGACGUGAUAACCGAAGCGGUUAACAAUAACCAGGUGGUUCUGAUCGCGGGCGAGACAGGGUGUGGAAAAACGACGCAGGUGCCGCAGUUCCUACUCGAUUCGUGCUGGGAGAAAGGGCGACCGUGCAAGAUUCUGUGCACUCAGCCAAGGCGCAUCUCGGCAAUGACGGUCGCCGAGCGCGUGGCAAACGAACGGGGGGAGGCGCUCGGGGGAACCGUGGGUUAUCAGAUCCGGUUAGACACAGUCGGGGGCCCAAACUCCUCCCUGAUGUUCUGCACGAACGGCAUUCUGCUGCGGAAACUCACGGGGGCGGCACGCAAAAAGGCCGUGGAGGAACUAGAGGCGGAAAACGAGGUCGACAUCGACGCGACGCACAUCGUCGUGGACGAGAUCCACGAGCGGGACAAGUUUGCGGAUUUCGUGCUGAUCAUUCUGAGGGACAUUCUGCCGAAGCGGCCGGACUUGCGGCUAGUGCUCAUGAGCGCGACGCUCAACGCGGAUCUGUUUGCGGGCUACUUUGGGGGGUGCCCCGUCAUCACGGUCCCAGGGUUCACACACCCGGUGAAAAGCUACUUCCUGGAAGACGUCCUCACUAUGACCGGCUUCGCAGAGCAGCACGCGCAGACCCUGCAAACCGACCCCGCUUUGGACAUUAACCGCCUCUCCGACGAGGACCGAUACGCUAUGGACGACGCCCUGGCACGUGCCUGGAUGGACGCCGACUUCGAGCCGCUUAUGGAGCUCGUCGCAUACGGCGACCGCGGCGCCAAUAAGCUAUUGGUCAACUUUCAGCAUAGCGAGACGGGCGCGUCGCCGCUGAUGGUCGCGGCCGGGAAGGGGCGGGUGGAUGACGUGGCGAUGUUGUUGGAACUAGGCGCGGACGCAAACCUGGCGUCGUGGGAUGGCGCGACGGCGGCCGAGUGGGCGGAGAAUUUUGGAUUUCCAGAAAUUGUGGAAACGGUUCAGAAGCAUGAGGAGAAACUAGAGGCGAGCAAGGAAAAGGACGUGGAAGCGGCGGUGCUGCGAAAGUACCAGGCGGGAGUGGAUGUCGAAGAAGUGGACCUGAAUUUGAUUCAGCAGGUGCUGGCGUACAUUUGCCGUCCGAACGGCCAGGAGCGCAGCUACGCGGACGCUGGCGACGGACGCAACUCGGACGACGGCGCCGUUCUAGUUUUCCUGCCGGGCUGGGAGGAGAUCACGAACCUGCGGGACAAGCUGGCCGCGUCGCCGAUCUUCAAAGAUGACUCGCGCUUCCGCGUGCUGCCGCUGCACUCUAUGGUCCCAGUCGCCGACCAGAAGAAAGUGUUUACCCGCCCGCCCGCCGGCACGCGCAAGAUCGUGCUGGCGACCAAUAUUGCGGAGACCGCCAUCACGAUCGAUGACGUGGUCUACGUUAUCGAUUCCGGGAAGGUCAAGGAGAAGAGCUACGACCCGUUCACCAACGUGUCGACCCUUCAGUGCGGAUGGAUCUCGAAGGCGAGCGCGCGGCAGCGGGAGGGGCGGGCGGGGCGAGUGCGGGCAGGUGUGUGCUACCACCUGUUCUCCAAAGCGCGGCACGCGGCCAUGCUCGAGUUCCAAGUACCGGAGCUCAAAAGGACUCCUCUCGACGAGCUAGGGUUGCAGGUCAAGCUACUGGACCCAAACGUGACCAUCCAGGAAUUCCUCAAGAAAGCGGUGGAGCCUCCCAACGAACAGUCUGUGGCCAACGCGGUCGCCCUUCUCCACGACAUCGGCGCACUCGGUGCUGACGAAAGCCUGACGCGGCUUGGACUUCAUCUGGCGAGCCUGCCACUGAGCCCAACCACCGCUAAGAUGCUGCUGCACGCGAUUCUGUUCGACUGUCUCGAUCCAGCGCUGACGGUCGCGUGCGGGGCAUCCUACCGGGACCCCUUUGUGCUACCGGUCACACUCGAGCAGAGACGAAAAGCCGCUGGCGGAAAGUUCAUCCUGACGGAGAGCUACGGCGGUGGUAGCGACCAUUUGGCGCUUAUCGCUGCGUUUGAAGGAUGGCGGGCGGCCAAGGAUAGCGGCUGCGAAAAGGAGUUCUGCGACCGUUUCUUCAUCAACGGCGGUACCAUGAACAUGCUGCAGGGCAUGCGGCAGCAGCUGCAGUCCGAAUUAGCACAGCGCGGGUUCAUCCCCAAGAGCCGGCAGGGGGAAGCGGUGCCAUGCAGUGCCAACGCGAGAGACCCGGGCCUCGUCCGUGCCGUGCUGGCAGCCGGUAUGUACCCUCUGGUGGGCAGUCUGCUGCCGUCCCGCGAGGGCGCGACGGGGAAGGCGAGCAUCGUCACGGCAGGAAACGACAAGGUGCGGCUCCAUCCAAACAGCGUGAACCACCGGCUGACCAGCAACGCGCGCCUGGGGGACGAGCGUUCUGCAUCUACGCUGCUCGUCUUCGACGAGAUCAUGCGUGGGGAGGCCUUCAUGUACAUCCGUGCGAGCACCGUCGUCCAGCCCCACGCCUUGGUCCUCUUUGCCGCCGAAAUGGCGGUCGCGCCUUUAGAACCGGUCCCCCAGGAGUACGUAGAAGUCGACUUGGAUGACGAAGAAGCGGGACCAACUCCGAAACCGGAGCCCGGGAGUGCGCUGUUCAGUCAGCCGGAAAAACCGGUGGCGGUCGUUCUGGACCGGUGGCUGAGAUUCCAGACGACGGCCGUCGAGGCCGCGCAGCUGUACUGUUUACGAGAGCGUCUGGCGGCAACGUUUGCGUUCAAGAUCAAGCACCCCCGGGACCCCCUCCCGGUCAUCUACCAGGCGUCCCUCUACUCCGCCGCCUGCGUCCUUUCCGCCGAGGGCCUAACCUACGGCACGGUUACGCUAACUAAACCCCCGAACCCCUUGGACCUUCUCGGUCCUUCUGCAAAGUCGCGGUACCCAACACCUCCUUCCGGGCGGGGCCGGGGCAGGGGCUCCGACUGGGGGCUGCUGCCAAGGCACGGGGCCAUUGGUUUGGGCCGGGGGGCAGUGGGAGGCCGGGGAACAGCCCCGGGGGGUCGACCAUCGAGCUCGGGGAGAGGAGAGUAUGGAGGCCCGGGGCGGGGAAGCUCUCCGUCAAGGAGAGGGGAUUCGGGCAUCUACCGAGGGGGCCGGCCCGCUUCUAGCACGAGAGGAGGCGCCGUUUAUGCCGGAACUGCACGGGCUGAUGUCGGCGGUAAAGGAACGUUUACCUCGCAUCAGCAAGUGCGUGGACGAGGGGCGACUACCAACGGAUCCAAGAAGUUCAGGGGAGGAGGAAUGCACGGUGAAUGAGAUCAGGGAGAAGCACUCGUGAGUUGAUGCCGAGCAGCGGGGAUGCCUUAGUAGCAAACUGAACUUGUCCAAGUUUGAAACGGAAGCUAGCAGUCAUAGUUGUUAUACCGUGUGCGUGCAAGCAUGGUUUUUGCAGGGCGUGUUAUCAGUAUGGCAAUGAAGGUCGACUAGUUCUCAAGCACCAUGUCAGCCAGUCAACGGCGGAAGUGUUAAUAUGUUCCUUCAUCA